AGUGUUUAUUCUCUCGUGCGGUUGUUUACUGGUUCUUAUUUCGGUUUUGCUGAACUCUUUACAGACAAGCGGACUUUUUCACAAAGAUCUUGAUUUCGUCUGUUUUUUUCCUUUUCAAGCCUAACUUCGUUAAGAAGGAUGGAUUUUCUCUGGUUGUUGUGCGUGCUGCUGAGCGCCUGGUGCGUCUCCGCGGAGCGCCACAGCGUCUACUGGAACAGCACCAAUCCAAACUUUAUCGGUGACGAAUACACGGUGCAUGUGCACAUCAAUGACUACCUGGACAUCAUCUGCCCGCACUACAAGCGCGGCGAGAUCCCGUCCCAGCAGGCAGAGCGCUACGUCCUCUACAUGGUGGACUUGGAGGACUACGAGGUCUGCAAGCCGCACUCGUUCGAUCAGCUGCGCUGGGAGUGCUCCAGACCGUUCGCCGCCCACGCGCCUGAGAAGUUCUCUGAAAAGUUCCAACGCUUCACACCUUUCACGCUGGGCAAGGAGUUCCGCCAAGGAGAGAGCUACUACUACAUCUCCAAGCCUCUGCAUCAGCAUGGGAGUGACUGCCUGCGGCUAAAGGUCACCGUAGUCGGACCUCAUGAUUCCAAAAACCACAAGAAGACGACAGAGAAAGAGGAGGCGAUGGAGGGAGGCAAGCACGGACGAACGGGCGCAGGAGGCGUACACAACCCAUCCAACAGGCUUCCGGCAGAUGACCCGGUUGCUAUGAUUCCAGUUGUUCAGAGGAGCGUAGGCAGCUCCGCCGUUCACGUCACACCAGUCUCCUUCUUCGUCACGUUCCUUCCCGUCUUCCUCCUGCUCUUACACUGAGACCGGGCCAUCAGGACACACUGAUGUACAGACUUUUUCCUGGUGCUGGAACGCCAGAUCUGAAAGACACUUUUUUUUAUACUACGAUAAUUUUUUUUUACAUGGUGUAAAAACUGAUGUGAAGCAUGAGUGCUGGUGUGUAAGAUGUUGAGUGACGUGCUUGUGUUUGUGUGAGUGACUGUAAUAUUUGGGAUUUUGUUUUUUUAUUGUUAUUUGCUCUACGUACUCUUUGUUUUUAAAGAGGAACAUUAUUACCUAACAGCUUUCCCUGCCCGUUUUUUUUUUUUAACACUUUACUCUUAUAGUCUGUGUAAAAAAGCACAGACCGGAGGGUGUUGGAAUGGAUCGGAAUGGACCCUGGGUUGUUUACCUGCAUUUUUUUUUUUUGAAAAAUUAGUGUCAUAUAGUGAAAAGUUCUCUGUGACCCAGCAGACUUGCUGGUAUUCUCAAAUAUGUCCUGCUGUUGGUUGGACCACCGAGGAAACGACUUGUGCAUGUCAUGUAUGUGCAACCUGAGAUGUAGCCAUUUGCUAGUGUUUUGUCAAGUUUAUUUUACUAUUUUUUUUUUUUGCCUCCAAGUCUACAGGGUGGUUUAUGUAAUGAAGCACUAUAUAAUUUGACAGACACUAAAUCUGUUUUAUACAAGCAAACUGACAAAAAUGUACAUAAACAUGCAUGUGCAGUUGUACCGAGCUUGUGUGUGUGUGUGUGUGUGUGUGUGUGAAAGACAGAGAGAGAGAGAGAGGAGCUGGACUUCUCAGACAUUAGAAUGCUAAGUAUAACUGCACACACACAUGGACGCAGGGAUGUGUGAAACUCUCCAAGUUCACAAUACAAGCUGUGUUUUUGUUAUUUCUGUGGAUAUGUAAAAGGUGAUGUAAAAAUUGUACAUAGAGAGUUAUAUAAUGCAUUUGGUAAUUAUGAAAAUGUGCAAAUAUGUGAAAGAAAAAUAAACAU